AUUUCUCCAAAGAGAAGGGACACGUCGCCUAUGUUAUAAACUGAGGACGGCACCGAAUCCUGUUGACUUCCGCUUUAUGUCAGCCUCAUUUCCUUUAUAUAACCCCCUUGUACUCCUCAUACGGACCCUACAACAUUUUUGCUUCAUCUUUAACAUACAUUUUUUUUUUCCUUCUAAAACUGAAAAUCCUCUUAUUUUCUCUCUCUACAAAAAAGUUCUUAAUCAUUAGGACACUUCAAAACUCUAGUCUUAAAUUUUUAAGGACAUACUCCCAAGUCUUAGUUUCUCAUCAUGGGUAGAGCACCUUGUUGUGAUAAAAAUGGUUUGAAGAAAGGUCCUUGGACUCCUGAAGAAGACCAAAAACUUAUUGAUUACAUUCAAAAACAUGGUUAUGGCAAUUGGCGCACUCUUCCUAAGAAUGCUGGACUUCAAAGAUGUGGAAAGAGCUGUCGUCUACGGUGGACAAACUAUCUCCGACCAGACAUCAAGAGAGGAAGAUUUUCCUUUGAAGAAGAGGAGACCAUAAUUCAGCUCCAUAGCAUUUUGGGGAACAAAUGGUCGGCCAUCGCAGCUCGCUUACCGGGACGAACUGAUAAUGAAAUCAAGAAUUAUUGGAACACCCACAUCAGGAAGAGGCUGCUUAGGAUGGGAAUCGACCCCGUGACCCACAGCCCUCGCCUCGACCUCUUAGACCUCUCUUCUUUGUUGAAUAACUCAUCCUUUUACAACAACACUUCACAAUCAUCCCAAAUGAACAUGUCAAGGUUACUUGGAAUGCAACCUUUGGUGAACCCUGACCUCUUAAAACUAGCUACCUCACUUCUCUCAAAUCAACGCCAAAACCUACAAGAUUACCAAGGAAAUAAUGAUUUAACUAGCAAUGCCCAAAUGCAAAAUAACUUUAAUCCAAUGGUACAAACUACACAAAUCCAAACCCCAAUUCAAAAUCCCCUCCCAACUUGUACUACUAUGACGACUACUGCUGCUACUACUGCUAAUAUCGCGAUUACAACAAUAGAUGCUACUCGUCCUUGCGUACCAUACUUCGACGAAGCUCAAUUGAUGGAGCCUAAUUUUGAACAAUAUCCUACAAGUAUAUCGAACUUUGAUGCACAAAACUUUGAUCAAUGGCAAAGUAAUGGUUUGCCUAUGUCGGAUGGCUUGGUUAAUAUUCAACCUACAAAUUUCGGCUAUUAUGGUUCUGAUCAAACUUUCAUGGACCCUUCACUGUCUGAUAAUUCGACUUUUCAAUCAAAUAUAAGUUCACAUUCAAACUUCUUGAGUUAUGCACCAUCAGUUAUGUCAACUCCAUCUUCAAGUCCUACACAUUUGAAUUCGAAUUCGAAUUCAACGACAUAUGUCAACAGCAGCGGGACUGAAGAUGAACCAGAAAGCUAUUCCAGUGACAUGAUUAAGUUCGAAAUCCCUGAUUUUCUUGAUGUAAAUCAGUUUUUGUUAGCUCAAACCAACUGAUCAUGUUAUAUAUUUUUCUUUUAAUUAGGAGUUUUUUAAAGAUAGAUUUUCUUUCAUUUGCUUUAACAAGUUUAUUUUAAUUGUGGACAUACUGUAUAAUUUUAUACUUUAUGUAAUUUUCAGCUAAUGAAUGCAUAAAAAUUCAGUAUAUCCAUCAUAUCU